UCACGUAGGUCCCGCCCCAUAUCUGCGUUGUUGACAACAGAAGACACCAUGGGAACACACCCUAUAAAAGCAGCAAGACGCCCAGCUUUGAAGUGUGGGAGUCCAAGGAGCUAGCCAAGACACGGGUAGAGAAACCAAGGUUCAUCAAGAUGUGGAAAAUGAUGACAUUAUCGUUCCUCAUUUGCUUCUUCGUAGCAACACUUAUCAGGGUUCAGGUUGCUGCUGACUGUCCUGCCUGCACAUACGACUCAGCUCCAGAUACGACCUGUGCAAAGUUGAAAACGUACCUUGAUUGUCUCGAAACUGCUGCGGGAACCAAAGAAGGUUGCACACUUUCAGCAGCAGAUGUCACGAAAUUCACAGCCGCUACUUGCAAGCCAGAUUUGGCCCCACCUUACACAUGCCAAAAAGACUUCUGGGUAAAGGAUCUAACUGGUGACAAGGAAUGCGCGGCUCUGAAGACCUACAUCGGCUGUCUCACCACACACGCCUCUGCACUAGUUACCAAACCGCAGGGGAGGUCGGAUUCCAAGUGCACAGCAGGUAGUCCGACAACAACCGCACCAGGUAGCCCUACACCAACACCAGCAGACAAGAAAGGUUCCGGAGCUUCUUCACUGAGAGUGUACAGUGCCAUAGCUUCCUUCCUUCUCUUCGUCCUUGCUGCAUUCCGACUUUGACCGACCCAGGAAUCGCACAGAAUAUUUGCUUUCCACGCGUCCAUCGAGUGCCAUCGCUUUUGUCAAAUGAGCCAAAUAUCAUAUUGUCAGAUGAAUUAAUCCGUAUGAUUACCAUUCUUAAAACUCCUGAUAGAUGACAGCAACAAAUUGUUAAGAAAUCGUAGCAGUUUUGUUUUAAUCGUCAUUGCAAGAAUUAAAUGUAUUUUGGUGAAAAAUAUACUGAUAUUUUUAAUGAUGUGUGCAGUGUCAGUUAGAUAGAGCAAGUAAUUUGUUAUCACUAUUUUCAUAUUGGAUGUGAUUUAUAAAUAUUUUUCAUUUGAAAAUAAUGCAGCUGCAAACUGACUAACGGGGGAAAAUCUCCAACAUACAUUUAGGCCCAGCUGAUGACGUUUCCUGAUGACGUGAGCCUCCCCAAGAGAAACACUGACGAAUAGAAAAUGUCAUCAACCCUUUAGACACUUUGGCAGCAGAUCAGUCAAUAUGUGCAUGGUAUAAGUUUUGUUGGGUUGUGCGUGUUUACGGAAGUACCUAUGUGAUUGAAGAAUUUACCUGUAAUAAAAUAAUUUGCAGUUGUCA